AUGUGUAAUGCAUACAUCGAUAAGCGACGAUAUUGCAAGUAUUUUUUUUUUACUUUUCAGAAUGAUUACUGCAAAGAGUAUGAGAGUUGUGAAAAGCGUCUUGAGAUGCUACAACGGCAAUGCAUAAAAUUGGAAGAACAUGCAAAUAAGAAUCAUAAAGAGUGCUACAAUCUUCUGAGUUCAGCUCGAGCUGCGGUCGAUGGUUUGCAGCUUAGAAAAGCAGAACUUGAAAGGGACUGUCUUCAGCAAACUCGAAAUGCAGGACUAAUUGACAAGCUUGAUUACUUUCAGAUGCGAUGUGAACGAAUUGCGCGUUCUCUUCCUUCGAAUAUCCAAUUGAUAAGAUAUCCGGAAAGUAUUAAAGAUUGUAGAAAAUCAUCCAGGUCCAUACGCAAACAAUGUCAUACUCUUGCUCCAUGUUGUCAUCUACACAGGUAA